AUGCAAGAGAUAAUCUGCUCCGGCUCACCUUACGAGGUUGGCUACAAACAUGGCACUGAUGCAAGAGAGAAAGUGCAUGGAAGCUUGGCUUUCUACACGGAUUACUUCUGGCGAAAGUCGCAAAUGAACUGGGCAACAGCCAGUCUCACCGCCGAGAAAUUCGUGCCCCUGCUGCAGCGCGACUGGCCUGAUUACCUGGAAGAGAUCAAAGGAAUCGCAGAUGGCUCAGAUCUCCCGUUCAGCACGGUUCUGGCGAUGAACAUACGCACAGAGAUUGCAAUGGGACUGAUGGCACAGGAUGGCUGCACGGCAUUCGCCUGGAAGACGGCAGAGGUGUCACUGCUGGCUCAGAACUGGGAUUGGGAGGAAGCCCAACAGAGAAACCUCAUUCAUCUCAGCAUCAAACGUGACGAUGGACGACCAUCGAUCAGCAUGAUGACCGAAGCAGGCAUCAUCGGAAAGGUCGGCCUCAACACAGCUGGGGUUGGCAUCUGUCUCAACGCCAUCCGUGCAAGAGGCGUAGACUAUGGCCGUCUCCCAGUUCAUCUGGCCAUGAGAGCUGUCCUGGAAUCAACGUCUCGAGUCGAGGCGAUUGUAAAGCUCGAGAAAUCGGGUGUUGCUGCGGCUGUACACUUCCUCAUUGGCGAUCAGAGUGGAAGCACAUCGCUGGAAGCCAGCCACAAAGACUUGGUCAAGUUGGAAAUGCAGAGCGGCCGGAUAUGCCAUUCGAAUCAUUUCAUUGCUGACCACACAGACGGUGUUCACGAUACUGUCUUCAGCCAGGACUCACUGGAGCGUAUUGACAGAGCCACCGAGCUUCUGAAUCAAGCCGCCAGCAAAAGCCGAAUGCCGACAGUUGAAUUACUCGAACGCAUGCUAGAGGACGAACAAGGCCUUCCCGGGGCAAUCAACAGAGCAGCUUCCGGCAAGAGCACGACCGCAACAUUGUUCGGCGUAGUUAUGGACCUGGACAAGAAGGAUGUCGAUGGCAAGGAGUAUAUCGACUUCAUCGCCAUGUUCAGCGCAGUCAACAGUGGACACUGCAAUCAGGAGAUCAUGGAUGCUGUGAUGAAGCAGAUGCAGAAGCUGACGCUCAGCAAUCUCGCCACACACACUGCCAGCUGGGGCCCACUCGCGCAACGCCUUUGCAUGCGCUUCGGCUACGAUAAGGUCAUCUCGGGCACGUCCGGGUCUGAAGCAACAGACACAGCUGUCAAGAUUGCCCGCAAGUGGGGAAUUGCAACCAAAGGCAUACGAAAAGAGGAAAUGCUCGUCUUCGGCGUUGGUGAUAGCUUUCACGGCUUGACCUCUGGAGUCUGGAAUUUGCAGAAUGGGACGGCGAAGCGCACUGGAUACGGAUUGGACGACACUCUGCAGACGAAUAUCAAUCCAACGACCGGGAAGGUGUUGCGGUACGGCAAUAUCGAGGACAUAGAGACUUGCCUGAAGACACACCAUGGCCGAACAGCGGCGGUGAUUAUCGAAUGUCUGCAUGGUGGACUGCGAAUGGACGUGGAAGUGCAAUAUUCGAGAGCAGUCUACGACUUGUGUCGUAAGUACGGUAUCCUCUUCAUAGCGGAUGAAGUGCGACAAGGUGCUGGUAAGACGGGGAAAUUCCACUGCUUCGAACACUUGGGUGACGACGUUCAUCCGGAUAUGGUCUGUAUGGGCAAGUCGAUUGCUGGUGGUUUCUACCCGUGCUCGUACGUCUUAGGCACCAACGCUGUCAUGAGCCUCGUUGGCACGGCCGAAAUGGCGUCAACGUUCGGCUUCACUCCCAUCGGCAACGCGGCAACAAACGUGACGCUUGACAUAAUCGACCGGCCUGGGUAUAUGCAGCGAGGCGAAUAUUUUGGGAAGUGGUUUCAGCGUUUGGCAGACAGGUGGAUCGAGGAGUAUGAGUUUGUGAUCGAGGGGGUGGGAUGUGGCAUGGACAUGUGUCUCUACAUCGACGAGGAUCAUUCAACACAGCGGGUUACUGCGAGGAAGGUGGCUGCAUUGUGUGUGCAGAAAGGCCUGCUCGUCGUUCAACAGAAGAACCGGGUAAGGAUGAGUCCGCCAUUGAUCUUGUCCGAUGAGGAGAUGGAGAAAGCAAUGGGGAUCCUGAAGGAUGCUUUAGAUCAGGUGCUGCUGUAUGAGACGGUACCGGGAGAGUUUUGGACAGGUCCAUUGUGA